GAUAGCUGAUCAGCUUCCCUGGAUUUCGCUGACACCACAGGAAAGCUUUGCCUGAAGAUGGAAACACUGGAGUCGGAACUGACCUGCCCUAUCUGUCUGGAGCUGUUUGAAGACCCGCUGCUGCUGCCUUGCGCUCACAGCCUCUGCUUCAACUGCGCGCACCGCAUCCUGGUCUCCCACUGCGCCACCAACGAGCCAGUGGAGUCUAUCACCGCCUUCCAGUGCCCGACCUGCCGCUAUGUCAUCACCCUCAGCCAGCGCGGUCUAGACGGGCUCAAGCGCAACGUCACGCUGCAGAACAUCAUCGACAGGUUUCAGAAAGCCUCAGUCAGCGGGCCUAAUUCUCCCAGUGAGACCCGCCGGGAGCGGGCGUUCGAUAGCAACAGCAUGUCGUCCUGCGAGAAGGUCCUCUGCCAGUUCUGCGACCAGGACCCUGCCCAGGAGGCGGUGAAAACCUGUGUUACCUGUGAGGUGUCCUACUGCGAGGAGUGCCUGAAAGCCACUCACCCCAACAAGAAGCCGUUCACCGGCCACCGGCUCAUUGAGCCCAUCCCGGACUCUCACAUCAGGGGAUUAAUGUGCUUGGAGCAUGAGGAUGAGAAAGUUAACAUGUACUGCGUGACCGACGACCAGUUAAUCUGUGCCUUGUGUAAACUGGUCGGGCGUCACCGUGAACAUCAGGUGGCAGCUUUAAGCGAGCGCUAUGACAAGCUAAAGCAAAAUUUGGAGAGCAAUCUCACCAACCUUAUUAAGAGGAAUACUGAACUGGAAACUCUUUUGGCGAAACUCAUUCAGACUUGUCAACACGUAGAAGUAAAUGCAUCCCGCCAAGAAACUAAGCUGAUGGAAGAAUGUGACCAGCUCAUUGAAAUAAUCCAGCAGAGACGACAAAUAAUUGGAACCAAAAUCAAGGAAGGAAAGGUGGUGAGGUUGAGAAAACUGGCUCAGCAAAUUGCGAACUGCAAACAGUGCAUUGAGCGCUCGACAUCCCUCAUCUCGCAGGCUGAACAGUCGCUGAAGGAGAACGAUCAUGCUCGCUUCCUGCAAACUGCUAAAAACAUCACUGAAAGGGUUUCCAUGGCAACUGCAUCCUCCCAGGUUCUAAUUCCUGAAAUUAAUCUCAACGAUACUUUUGAUACUUUCGCACUUGAUUUUACCAGGGAGAAGAAAUUAUUGGAAUGCCUUGAUUACCUUACAGCUCCCAACCCACCCACCAUUCGAGAAGAGCUCUGUACAGCUUCUUACGAUACCAUUACUGUCCACUGGACAUCAGAUGAUGAGUUCAGUGUGGUCUCUUAUGAACUGCAGUACACCAUCUUCACCGGACAAGCUAAUGUUGUUAGUAA